AAUAUAACAAGAUUACACAACACAUCAAGAACUAAAAAACAGAUACCUAAUUCACUUUCUCUAAGCACUUAAAUUGCAUAGAGAAAGUAAGUGUUUGAAGAAAGUUCAAAAAAAGAGACAAAAAUGAACUCUUGGAUUUGCCAUUUUAUCAUGUUGGCACUUUGCCUUUUUCCUCUUGUUGAAUGCAGGGUUAGACAUUACAAGUUCAAUGUGGUAAUGAAAAAUACAACUAGACUUUGUUCCUCAAAGUCCAUUGUUACUGUGAAUGGAAAAUUUCCAGGACCUACAAUAUAUGCUAGGGAAGGAGACAAUGUACUUAUCAAAGUUGUUAAUCAUGUUAAGUAUAAUGUCUCUAUCCAUUGGCAUGGUAUUAGACAACUUAGAACAGGAUGGGCAGAUGGACCAGCAUAUAUUACACAAUGUCCAAUUCAGCCAGGCCAAAAUUAUGUCUACAAUUUUACAAUCACAGGUCAAAGGGGUACACUAUUUUGGCAUGCUCAUAUUUUGUGGCUAAGGGCAACUGUUCAUGGUGCAAUUGUCAUUUUGCCUAAACUUGGUGUGCCUUAUCCAUUCCCAAAACCAAACCAUGAAGCUGUUGUUAUCCUAGCUGAAUGGUGGAAAUCUGAUACUGAAGCUGUGAUUAAUGAAGCCAUAAAAUCAGGAUUAGCACCUAAUGUUUCUGAUGCUCACACUAUCAAUGGUCAUCCUGGUCCUGUUUCAAAUUGUCCUUCACAAGGUGGAUACAAGUUAAAUGUUGAACAAGGAAAAACCUACAUGCUACGAGUAAUCAACGCUGCACUCAACGAAGAACUCUUCUUCAAAAUCGCUGGUCACAAAAUGACAGUUGUUGAAGUCGAUGCCACGUACAUUAAGCCCUUUCAAACGGACACUAUAGUGAUCGCCCCUGGCCAAACGACUAACGUAAUUGUUACAGCCAAUAAAAAUUCAGGCAAAUACAUGGUUGUUGCUUCACCAUUUAUGGAUGCACCUAUUGCUGUUGACAAUGUAACAGCAAUUGCAACAUUACAUUACCCUGCCACACUUAGAAAUAAUCCCUCUACUACUACACUUACUAGUACAAAUACACCUCCAAAAAAUGCAACACCUAUAGCUAACAACUUUUUAGACUCUUUAAGAAGUUUAAAUUCCAAAAAAUACCCUGCUAAAGUUCCAAUAAAAAUUGAUCAUUCAUUAUUAUUUACAGUAAGUUUAGGUAUUAAUCCAUGUCCAAGUUGUAAACAGGGCAAUGGAAGCAGAGUUGUGGCUAGUAUUAACAAUGUAACAUUUGUUAUGCCAACAAUUGCACUAUUACAAGCACAUUUCUCAGGGAUUAAAGGAGUUUUCACCGCGGAUUUUCCAGGGAACCCUCCAUUUGUAUACAACUAUACUAACACAACACCACCCGCGAAUAUGGGCACAACGAGUGGGACUAAGGUUUAUAAGUUGUCGUAUAACGAUACUGUUCAAUUAGUCUUGCAGGAUACUGGAAUUAUAGCUCCUGAGAACCAUCCAAUACAUUUACAUGGAUUUAAUUUCUAUCAAGUUGGUAAAGGACUAGGAAAUUAUAAUCCAAAAGUUGAUCCUAAGAAUUUUAAUCUUGUGGAUCCUGUUGAGAGGAAUACAGUUGGUGUUCCUUCUGGAGGAUGGGUUGCCAUAAGAUUCCGCGCUGACAAUCCAGGAGUUUGGUUUAUGCAUUGCCAUCUAGAGAUACACACAACAUGGGGAUUGAAAAUGGCAUUUCUUGUGGAUAAUGGAAAAGGUCCAAAUGAGUCACUUUUGCCACCUCCAAAAGAUCUUCCAAAAUGCUAAAAAGGCUCUUUUGAAAGGAGUUAAAUUCACAUAUACAAAUUUUUACAAGAAGAAAAAAUGUAGGAAAGAAAAAUAGGGAAAAUGUUGCUCAAUGAGAAACAAAAAAAGAAAGGAGACUCAAUAAGACAUGGUAUUCAUUUUGUCAAGUGAAAAAGGAAAACAUUUUUUUUCUCAAGCAAUUUUUAAUAAUUAUGUGAGUAUUAUUCAAUGUAUUCUCUGUUUUUUUUUUUGUGAUUGAUGAUGAAAGUUUGAAGAGUUUGUUUAAUGA